GUAUAUUUAGCUAAAGAGUUUCUUAGGGAAGUAGCUUACAAAAUCAGUGUUUAAUAUUAGAAUGCAAAUAUGGUACAAUUUUAAACCAUUAAUUGGGAUAGGGACGGAAGUGGUAAGGUCUCGUGCAUAUUUUUAAAAAAGCAAAACAACUUUAAGAGUUUUUUUUCUCCUAGAGGCAGGAAAACAGAAUCAAAUUCUGUGUUUGAGAGUAACAAAUAAGAUUAUUUUUAUAUUUUUUAGUAACUUUUAGUCACCAUCCCGUAAAAAGUAUAGGUUAAAACUUUGCUGGUCUGCACAUAGUUCUGUUGCAGUUUUCUUUGUACAUUAACUAACUUAUGUAAAACUGAGACUACAUAUUAUAAAAAACAAAUAAAAAAACUUGAUAUACAAAUAGGAACAUGGUGUAUAAUCAACUUUUGGAAGAUGAAACCUCAUGGUAGCAAAGACUUAUUAGUUGUCUGUCAAUUGCUAGCUGAAGAAGAUGCUGCCAGUGUUAUGAUGCCUAGAGUAGUACAGUUUGGCAAUGUUUAUUUAUGGCUUGGCUUCUGUUAGGAGAGAGAGAAUGGAGGGAUCUCAGAAUAAGUCUACAAAAGGAUUAAUUUUCAAAGCAACUUAUAGUACAAAGUAUUUUGUAGGCUGUUCACAGUGGAAUAGAAAUUCUCUUUGCAAGAGAUGCUUGUUGGUUGCCAUUUUAACAUGAGAAGAGGUUUGUUACGUCCAGGUUAUUAGAAGAUGUGUAAUCAGGGGGUCUGGAGAGCUGAUGAGCAACUGGCGAUCAUGUCUGCACUGUAUGGUUGAAACUGAGUGGAUUGCAUUUCUCAGUUCCCAUGCCAGACUUGAUGCCAAGUCAGUCAUUGAUUCUCUGGCAGUGCGUGUGACAUGGGAGCGGUCAUGCUGUUAUGUGUGGAUUGGAGAGUUGUAGAAAGACCACUCUCACUUUGAACUUUCAGACUUGCAUUUUGGAUGAUCCUCUGGCUGCUGAAAAGCUCUCGGCAUGUUGUUCUGGCAUAAACACAAUAUUGAGAAGUCCCUUGCGGAUCUCCCUAACUUCACUCCUUUCCCUGAUGAAUGGACAGUUGAAGAUAAAGUCCUAUUUGAACAAGCAUUUAGCUUCCAUGGAAAGAGCUUUCACAGGAUCCAGCAAAUGCUUCCAGACAAGACUAUUGCGAGCCUUGUAAAAUACUACUAUUCUUGGAAAAAAACUCGCUCUAGGACAAGUUUGAUGGAUCGGCAGGCUCGAAAGCUAGCUAAUAGAAAUAAUCAAGGUGACAGUGAUGAUGAUGUAGAAGAAGCUCAUCCAAUGGAUGGAAAUGAUAGCGAUUAUGACCCCAAAAAAGAAGCCAAAAAGGAGGUAACAGAUAACUUAAUGGGCAAUAAUGAGCAGCCUGUUCAGACCAGCAAAAUAGGGCUGGGUAGAAGAGAGUAUCAGAGCUUGCAGCAUCGCCACCAUUCUCAGCGUUCCAAAUGCCGUCCACCAAAAGGCAUGUACCUGACCCAGGAAGAUGUGAUAGCUGUUUCCUGUAGUCCCAAUGCAGCCAACACAAUUCUUAGACAGCUGGAUAUGGAACUAAUCUCAUUAAAGCGACAGGUUCAAAAUGCUAAGCAAGUAAACAGUGCACUUAAACAGAAAAUGGAAGGCGGGAUUGAAGAAUUCAAACCUCCUGAGUCUAAUCAGAAAAUCAAUGCCCGUUGGACCACAGAAGAGCAGCUUCUUGCAGUACAAGGUGUCCGCAAAUAUGGUAAAGAUUUUCAAGCUAUUGCAGAUGUAAUUGGCAACAAGACUGUUGGCCAAGUGAAGAACUUCUUUGUAAACUACAGGCGUCGGUUUAACUUAGAGGAGGUAUUGCAGGAAUGGGAAGCGGAACAAGGAACCCUGGCUUCUAAUGGUGAUGCUUCUGCUUUAGGGGAGGACACAAAAAAUACUUCUAAUGUGCCAUCAGGAAAGAGCACUGAUGAAGAAGAUGAGGCACAAAGCACUCCGACCACUCAGUGUUUAGGCCCUUCACCUCCAGCACAGGCAUCUGCUCCAGCACCUACCGCUCCCAUGGCAACUUUAAAUCAGCCACCCCCGUUACUUCGACCAGCGCUUCCUGCUGCUCCUGCGCUCCAUCGUCAGCCUCCGCCACUUCAACAACAGGCGCGAUUUAUUCAGCCAAGGCCAACUCUAAAUCAGCCUCCCCCGCCGCUCAUCCGCCCAGCUAAUUCCAUGCCUCCUCGUCUAAACCCAAGGCCGGUGUUAACCACAGUUAGCGGCCAGCAACCACCCUCGCUUAUUGGAAUUCAGACAGAAUCUCAGUCCACCCUGCACUGAAGAAAUAAAGCAGAAUUAUGCUAACUCCUACAGCUGAAAAACAGUAUCAAUGUACUUUUUUUUUUUUUCCAAAUAAUGAAGGGGAGAAAACAGCAAGCCUUCACAGGUAUCAGACCAGUUUUACAGAGGAGCGAGAUAAUAACCAGAAAUGGAACCACGUGAACGACCACCUGUAUAAAAAUAUUUUUUGUAGAAGACUUGUACAGCAGAAUAAUGCCUACAAUACAGCCCUCCUCUGUGUGAAUAACUGUUGAAGGAAGCUAACUUCUUACAUGAAUAAAUGGUCAACACACCAAGAUUUGGUUUAACUGAUUUUUACUCUAUUUAUUUUAUUACAGUUCUUUGUAGUCAAACAUCUAAUUACAGAAAAGUAGUCUGGCAAACCUAGGAAUAAGUAAUAUUGUAGGAGACUUAAAUGUAGCGUUAUUUUUGUGUGUGUGUUUUUUGUUUUUUAUUUUUUGUACUUUUUAGUGGACAAAAAAAAACUAAUGGCCUUAGGUUCAGAAUUUUUGGCCCUGUUUAGGUGACGGUAGUAGCAUUUCAUGCAAUUGUAAAAUGUAGGUGUUUCUUCUCCAUGUUUUUCCCAGAACACU